GUGCAGGAGGUUGGGGGAGUAAAAUCCUCUAUAACUUACCCGUGGCAGCCAUGACGGCAGUGUCUGCUCACAAAGUUGGACGACCAGUAAAGAUAAACAUGGAUCUCCACACCAACAUGCAGUUUCAGGGCUGCAGGCAGGGAUACUAUUAUGAAUAUGAAGUAACCUAUUUCUGUCCCAACUGGUCGUGGAGUGUGCAGCCAUGCAAGACACACAAGCCUACAAUCACCUACAUGCGGGGACCAGGUUCGGCAGCAUCCAUCUUUGCCAUGGAGUCUAUGAUCGACCAUGUGGCUACAUACCUGAAGAAAGACCACAUGGAUGUCCGCAAGAUCAAUUUGUAUCAAAAUGGUCAGACAACGUUGAAUAGUGUGGUUCUGGAACACGUUCUGGCGUCGCAAGUUGUGGAACAACUGGAGAAAGAUAUCAAUUAUGCUCGCAGAAAACAGCUAGUUGAAGAGUUCAAUCAGGGCAACAGGUGGAGAAAGCGAGGUCUGCAGGUGAUGCCCAGCAGGUACGCCAUGAUGUACACCAAGAUCAAACACAACACGACGGUAACCAUCUACCACGGGGACGCCAGUGUUGUCAUCGCUCAUGGGGGCGUGGACAUGGGCCAGGGAAUCAACACGAAGGCGAUACAGGUGUGCGCCUACAAACUUGGCAUCCCCGUGGACAAAAUUAGAGUGGCCAAAUCUUCAUCUCUGAUGAACGCUAACUCCUCGUUUACUGGAGGCUCCACAACUUCAGAGAUCAUUUGUCUUGCAGUGAUCAACUGUUGUGAUGUUCUCAACGCACGCAUGGCCACAUGUAAAGCAUCGCUCGACAACCCAACCUGGGAGGAACUUGUUGGGAAAUGCUUCGUUGAGGGUGUCAACCUAACCUCCCAACAUUGGCCGGAGAAAGUAAUUGACCACUACAGCUGCUACACGGCCUGCUGUGCUGAGGUCGAGCUGGACGUUCUGACCGGCCAGUACCAGAUCCUUCAGGUUGACUAUGUCUAUGACUGUGGCAUCAG